GAGAAGUCCACCGUCGUUCCGAUGAGACCGGCUCGAAUCAGAGGGAAAAUUUGUUGUUAGUCCCUAGGGACCGACGCGCGGCUCAACGUGUGAAAUAACUAUUGCUGAAGAUGUUAUUCCAUUAUGCUCGGAGUGAUCUACUCCAGCCUAACAAGACUAGCACUGGAUAACUAACAACAAUAGAUGAUUCUUUCGAAACAAAAGGAAUAAGCGUAACACGCCCAAUAAUGCUUGGCCACAUUUUUGGAAUAGUCGGGUACUUUGGAGACGACUCAAUGGAUAAACAAUCUUGUCAAAAGAUUCACGGAUCGCCUCGAAACAUUGCAAUAUGUAUGUAUUCUCAGGAAUAUGACAGUUUCUCACAGAAACUGUGAGAUGGUUAAUAUCAAAACGAGAGUCCACAGUAAUUGCAACAAAGGGCAGCCAUAUUAGGUAUCAAUUUGAAAUUUUGGAUGCGGAUAUUAAUAAUUCUAUCAAUAAUACCUUUUACGAUAUUCCUGAGUAGUGCAACACUGCAAAAUUCUAAUGCAGUUCAUAACAGCUCUUUCGCGAAGUUGAAAUCUAAGAGAAAUCAUGGAAGAACCAUAGAGCGAUUGAUUGGUGGCCACGUACUAUUUAAUCAUGAUGUAUAUAGAAGCAUUAGGAAUAAUUUUAAAAAUAAUAAUAGUUUGAAUGCAGCUGUGUUAGGCCAAGGAAAAAAUAUUCAAUUAAAAGAAAAUAACUUUAUCGACGAUGACAUAGCACUAAUUACAGCAAGCGCUGGGGACGGAAACGAUCAGGAAGCAACGAACGGUACUAAGAAAGAUGACAGCAAGAAAACCUUAUCGGAUCAGGUAGCGGAAGGUAAAUAUGGUUUAAUUCAUAAGGAGCUGUUUCAAACGCCACCGAGGAGGCCAGGUGUGUUGAGCUAUAAAUCAAACUCGGAAGUUCCGAAGGACGACGCUCGGAAUUACGGAGGCCUGAAGGACGAAGAAAUAUGGCUGUCAGAAGACCAUCUAUUGGUUCUGAAAGGAGGAUCAGUUAAUCAGAACAACAACAGACCCGUUUGGAGACCGAUCGACGAUUAUGAAGCGCCUAAUAGGCAGGUUAAACUUCCGUUGAAUCCAAAAAUACCGCCUCCCUUUCCUGUCCAGCUCACCGACGAUGGCCCGGUACAGUUUAUCGGAAAUAAUCAACUACCGGUGUACAAUCCAUUCACAAAUCAGACAGUAUUUCUCUUCUCUAAUGAAAGAGUCCCAGACAUUCAAGCCGAGAAUAUUAAUAAAGAAAAUACCCCUGCCUGGCAUGGAAAGGACGAUACUACUCAAAAAUUCAAUGGAAUACAGUACCCACCGCCAGCCCCAAUUCCGCUCGGUCGGCCGAACCAAACAUUCUCGAAUCCCUUCCUAAAUUUGCCACCAUUUCCACCAUCCCAAGGCUCUUUUGAUCAGCAGAAUGGUACAGAAAUUGACGAAGAUGAUCCAUCACUAUACUAUCCACCUCCGUACAGUUUUGUAUACAAAAGUAAUUACAGUAAUCCAGUAUCACCAGGUCCCUUAGUUCCCGGAAUCAUAUUACCUCCACCGCCUAAUUUUUUUGCGCCACUGGAAGACGGAAAACAAUCUCUGAAGACUCAGAUGAACCCAGUUUCAAACAAAAUCAAAGAUAGUAAGCCCCGGAGUCACCCCAAAAAUACUACAUCGUCUUCACCAUUAGUAACAACACAAAGAACAAGGCUAUCAAAGGUAUCAACAAGUCUCAAACCAACCAAUAAUAGAACGGUUAAGAUUGAGACUCCGAAUUACAACAUCGAAAUUGAGAAGAUUAACGUGAAGGCCUUCGAUCCUAGAAAUGAAACAAUUGUUCAAAAUGAUGUAAGGCCAACUUCCAACCAGCCGGAACCACUGGUUGCCAACCCAACUAAGAAAAGACCUCGACCCAAAAAUCCUACACAAGUUAAAAAACCCACCCAGGAAAUGAAUACUCCAAUCGCUCCGCCAUUGAUUUCCCUCAAUCAGCAUAAUGCUGGAGGCAAUCCUAUAUACUUUGAAUAUUUUGAUGCAAGAACUCCUACAUUACAAUUCUACGAUGAGUAUUCACUAACAACUCCAUUGCCCUUCAUUACUACGAUAGCUGAUGUUGAUCCAUACACGACAACUACCAUAAGACCUCACAUCGAUAAGCCCACGAAUAAAAACCGUCCGCCAUCUAAAACAUAUUUACCGAGCAAAAACAAAGAUGUUCCAUAUGUCGAUCCUGACAUCGAUAAUUAUCGGUACAAGUCAAUGCAGGAAUUCGAUAGAGAAAUAGAAACUAUUCGUCAGACACUGCGUUUUUAUGAAAAUUCCGUGUCCUUGAUAAGCAACCUUCGAACACCGAAGAAAAGACCAGUAUAUGAUGUGGGAUAUGAUGCGAACCAGGCUAGGCCACCAGGUCCAUUGCCACAUACCCAAUUACCUCUCCCAGUCAACCACAUACCUUUGAAUUACAAUCAACCCACGCAACCAUCUCCAGAUAUCAAUGGGAACUAUAGAUCCACAACUCCGGCUUUUCAACAACAGUACUAUGUUAGUCCUCCCGUUACUCCCCAGAAUAUUAAUCCUUUCAGAGGAACGCCACUAUUGUACAAUAACAAACCGGGCCGAUAUAACAAUCAUGACAACACAAACCCAGUUCAAAAUACACACAUAACAAACGCAGAUUAUUUAUCAGUUACCACGGGGAGACCAUAUUACUAUGAUCAACCUAAUUGGUAUACAAUUGAAAAGGUGAAACUACAAGAAAUACCUAAGCCACUCAUUUACAAUAACGGGGCUAGCGGAUACAAUCAAAAAUUGUAUCUACCUAGUAAAUUCCCCGUUCAGGACAACUCAGGAUAUGAUCGGGCGAAUAUCAACCCAAUUAAGCGGCCCUAUGAAAAUAAAAACCCGCACUCACCUGCUACUAGCGUGAAGCAGAAUAUAAAAUACGUUUUGAGGAAUUCACAACAAGCGAACGAUCCGUACCUAGAAAGGGACGUACUGAUUAAUUAUAAACAUCCGUUACCCGCUAUCAACCCUGAUAGUGAGAUUUUGCCAUAUAACGGAAGAAACCCAAAACCACUUAUUCAGUACCAAUUACCAGGUGAUAAAGCUCAUGUAUAUUUCCUUGCCCCACACGAUCUGAAAUAUAAAAAAUAGUUGUCCCUAAUGAUGUGCAAUGUACCUAUGUGAAUAACACAAUUCUGAGAAAUGUCAUUGAUAAAUCUCUGGCUGAUUGUGAUAAAUAGCGUCUAGUUUUUGUUUUAAUAAGUCAUCAAUAAAUGCAAGAAAAUAUUUAUUGGAAGCAUAUAAAUUAUUCGUCGCAUCCAAUCGAAAACAUUCAGUGAUCUAGUAAAGUUGAUCUUAUUUCACUAAAAAUAAAUUGUCCUCGAAAAUC